UUAAAGCAGUUUACAGUAGUGGUACGGCCAUCAGAGAGAAAGCUGAUGAAGCUGAUGAAGAGUCAUAUAGUUUGUGGCGUGUGACUUAGUGCCAUGAAGAGUUCCACACUUUCAUACUGGACACCAGUAUGAACACUGUCUGAUCCACUGGUCAAACAAGCUCCACCUAUUCCUGUACGUAGACAGACACUGAGGACAGCACAUGUGAUUACCAGAUCAAAGAGCAGACGGACGGACAGAGAGACAAUCUACCUGGACAUGUAUCACGUGUUGGCCCUAUUGCUGUUGCUGUGGAGCUCAGAGUCUGUCAGGUUGGUGGGAAGAGACAGUCGCUGUGCAGGAACACUGGAGCUGAAACAUCAGGGAGACUGGAGACCAGUGAUUGGCUCUGAAUGGACCCUGAAGGAAGCAGCUGUUACCUGCAGAGAACUGGACUGUGGCUCUGCUGUUUCUGUAGGAGUGAAAAAGUCCUCAGACAGAUCUGUGUGGUUGACCAAGUCUGAGUGUGUUCAGUCUGGAUCUGCUCUGAGGGACUGCAUAACAUCAGAGGCCUCUUCCUACAUCCUGGAUCUCAGAUGUUCAGACUCUGUCAGGCUGGUGGAUGGGACUAGUCUGUGCUCAGGCAGACUGGAGGUGAAGUCUGACCAGUCUAACCAGUGGUGGUCCUCAGUGUGUGAAGCUGACUUUGACCAGCAGGAUGCAGAGGUGGUCUGUAGGGAGCUCGGCUGUGGGGCUCCUUCAGUCCUCCAGGGGGCGCUCUAUGGAGAAGUGGAGUCUCCAAUGUGGACCAAAGAGUUCCAGUGUGGAGGCCAUGAGUCUGCUCUCCUGGACUGUAGAAGCUCAGGCUCAGCUAGAAACACCUGCUCACCUGGAAAAGCUGUUGGACUCACCUGCUCAGAGCCUGUCAGGUUGGAGGGAAGAGGCAGUCGCUGUACAGGAACACUGGAGGUGAAACAGGGAAAGUGGAGACCAGUGAUUGGCUCUGAGUGGACCCUGAAGAAAGCAGCUGUUGCCUGCAGAGACCUGGACUGUGGCUCUGCUGUUUCUGUUGGAUGGAGAGAGGAGUCCUCAGUCAGAUCUGUGUGGAGGAUCAAGUCUGAGUGUAUUCAUUCUGGAUCUGCUCUCAGGGACUGUGUAACAUCAGAUUCCUCUUCCUACAUCCUGGAUCUCACCUGUUCAGACUCUGUCAGGAUGGUGGAUGGGACUAGUCUGUGCUCAGGCAGACUGGAGGUGAAGUCUGACCAGUCUAACCAGCGGUGGUCCUCAGUUUGUGAAGCUGACUUUGAUCAGCAGGAUGCAGAGGUGGUCUGUAGGGAGCUCGGCUGUGGGGCUCCUUCAGUCCUCAAGGGGGCGUUCUAUGGAGAAGUGGAGGCUCCAAUGUGGACCAAAGAGUUCCAGUGUGGAGGCGAUGAGUCUGCUCUUCUGGACUGUAGAAGUUCAGGCUCAGCUAGAAACACCUGCUCACCUGGAAAAGCUGUUGGGCUCACCUGCUCAGAGUCUGUCAGGUUGAAGGGAGGAGACAGUCGCUGUGCAGGAACACUGGAGCUGAAACGGGGAGAAUGGAGACCAGUGUUUGGCUCUGACUGGACCCUGAAGGAAGCAGCUGUUGCCUGCAGAGAACUGGACUGUGGCUCAGCUGUUUCUGUAGGAGGGAGAAAGGAGUCCUCAGUCAGAUCUGUGUGGUGGAUCAGGUCUGACUGUGUUCAGUCUGGAACUGCUCUCAGGGACUGUGUAACAUCAAGUUCCUCUUCUUACAUCCUGGGUCUCACCUGUUCCGACUCUGUCAGGAUGGUGGGUGGGUCUAGUCUGUGCUCAGGCAGACUGGAGGUGAAGUCUGACCAGUCUAACCAGUGGUGGCUCUCAGUGUGUGAAGCUGACUUUGACCAGCAGGAUGCAGAGGUGGUCUGUAGGGAGCUCGGCUGUGGGGCUCCUUCAGUCCUCCAGGGGGCGCUCUAUGGAGAAGUGGAGUCUCCAAUGUGGACCAAAGAGUUCCAGUGUGGAGGCCAUGAGUCUGCUCUUCUGGACUGUAGAAGCUCAGGCUCAGCUAGAAACACCUGCUCACCUGGAAAAGCUGUUGGACUCACCUGCUCAGAGCCUGUCAGGUUGGAGGGAAGAGGCAGUCGCUGUGCAGGAACACUGGAGGUGAAACAGGGAGAAUGGAGACCAGUGUUUGGCCCUGGCUGGACCCUGAAGGAAGCAGCUGUUGCCUGCAGAGAACUGGACUGUGGGUCUGCUGUUUCUGUAGGACGGAGAAAGGAGUUGUCAAACAGACCUAUGUGGAGGAUCACCUCUGACUGUGUUCAGUCUGGAUCUUGUCUGAGGGACUGUGCAAAAUCACUGUUCACUUCCCUUACCCUGUAUCUCACCUGUUCAGACUCUGUCAGGCUGGUGGAUGGGACUAGUCUGUGCUCAGGCAGACUGGAGGUGAAGUCUGACCAGUCUAACCAGUGGUGGUCCUCAGUUUGUGAAGCUGACUUUGGUCAGCAGGAUGCAGAAGUGGUCUGUAGGGAGCUCAGCUGUGGGGCUCCUUCAGUGUUCAAGGGGGCGCUCUAUGGAGAAGUGGAGGCUCCAAUGUGGACCAAAGAGUUCCAGUGUGGAGGCCAUGAGUCUGCUCUCCUGGACUGUAGAAGCUCAGGCUCAGCUAGAAACACCUGCUCACCUGGAAAAGCUGUUGGACUCACCUGCUCAGAGCCUGUCAGGUUGGUGGGAGGAGACAGUCGCUGUGCAGGAACACUGGAGCUGAAAUAUCAGGGGGAAUGGAGACCAGCGUUUGGCUCUGACAGGACCCUGAAGGAAACAGCUGUUGUCUGCAGAGAACUGGACUGUGGCUCUGCUGUUUCUGUAACACUGAUACAGGAGUCCUCCGUCAGAUCUGUGUGGAUAAUCACAUCUGACUGUGUUCAGUCUGGAUAUGCUCUGAGGGAGUGUGCAACAUCAGCUUCAUCUUCCUACAUCCUGUAUCUCACCUGUUCAGAUUUUGGGAGAAAACCAACAGUUCUUAUCAUCAGAGUGGUCGCCCUGCUGCUGACUCUGCUGUUGGUGACCACCGCCCUCUGCUUCUACUGUAAGGCCUGCAGGGGCCAGAAGCCGGGCAGACAGGAGAACAUUGAGCUGGAUGAUUAUAACCUGGGUGUUCCUGCAGCUGAAGGAGGGCUGACUGAAGAGGAAGGUGCUCAGGGAGCAGAGUAGGACCUCCAAGGAGCUCCUCUCACAUCCACAUGGAUUUCACAGCUGACAGACAACCAUCAGCUCAGUCGAGGAUUUUACAAUUUUAUACUCAUGUUGGCUGAAAUGAUUAUAUUACAUUAUAUUUGUAUUACUCUAAGCAUGAAAAGACCAAAAUCAACAACAUGUUGUCCAUCUCACAAUACUUUGACUUCAAUUCAAUACAGACAGACACAGAGAGACUGAGGUCCAAGCACCAAGUCUGGAAUUACAAUACUCGAUCAGAUUUGGUGAUGUUUAAACAAUUGAAUUUUGACAAACAAAUAUUUGACAAACAGACAAUGUACAAUAUUAAAAGUCAGCAGCUGUUUGACACCAAUGUAAUCUUGUUAGUGAGAUAUGAACUUUAUAACUUUACUUUAGCACCCCCUUGUGGUCGACAUGGGGUUUUUCUGUGAGCAAAGAAGUACCUAAAUAUAUGUGUAUUGUCGAUACUACGAGAGAAGGACCACAUUAAGUCUAAUCUGGGAAAAAAUGAUCAAAU